CGUGGACUCAUGAGGUCACUGUGGAGAAACGAAAGUACAGAGCAGAAACUCAUAAACUACAGUUUGAAGCUUCUCCAGAUCUUCUCAGAAGAACGAACAGCACUGCAGGCAAACACUGUAGAAGAAGAAAGGUGGAAAACAGUCAUGGCUUCCUCCAGCUAUCUCCUCUGUGAAGAUCAGCUCCAGUGCUCUAUCUGUCUGGAUGUGUUCACUAAUCCAGUCUCUACUCCAUGUGGACACAACUUCUGCAUGAUCUGUCUCAGAAAGUACUGGGACAGCACCUCGCUCUGCCAGUGUCCAGUCUGUAAAGAAGAAUACGCCAGAAGGCCUGAGCUCCGUGUGAACACCUUCAUCUCUGGACUGGCUUCUGAGUUCAAGAAGUCAGUUCAGGUGAAGACCAGGAGAGCUUCAGUGAAACGGUCCCCUAAACGUAAAUUGGUGCAGUGUGACGCCUGCAGUGAGGAGAAGCUGGAGGCUGUAAAGUCCUGUCUGGACUGUGGCGUCUCUUUCUGUGACUCUCAUCUAUCACUUCAUAAAACUACACCCAAAUAUAAGAAACACAAGCUGAUGGAUCCUGUGGAGAACCUGGAGGACUACAUCUGCCAGAAACAUGAGAGACCCCUGGAGCUGUUCUGUAGAGACGACCAGACGUGUGUGUGUCAGUUCUGCACUGAGGGAGACCACCGGACUCACAGCACUGUUCCUAUAGAGGAGGAGAGUGGAGAGAAGAAGACUCAGCUGGAGAAGACACAGGCAGAAGUUCAGCAGAUGAUCCAGGAGAGACUGAAGAAGAUCCAGGAGAUCAAACACUCUGUAGAACUCAAUAAAAAAAUCAGAGAGAAGGAGGAAGCAGACAGUGUGGAGAUCUUCAAGGCUCUGGUGUGCUGCAUUGAGAGAAGCCAGGCUGAGCUGCUGGAGGUGAUGGAGGAGAAGCAGAAAGCAGCAGAGAGGCAGGCUGAAGAGCUGAUUAAAGAGCUGGAGCAGGAAAUCACUGAGCUAAAGAGGAGAGACACUGAGCUGGAGCAGAUCUCCCACACUGAGGACCACCUCCACCUCCUACAGAUUUACCCGUCCCUCUGCAGACCCCCACACACCAAGAACUGGACUGACGUCAGUGUUAACACUCCUCUGAGUGUGGAGAGUCUGAGGAGAGCUCUGUCUCAGCUUCAGGAACAUCUCAGAGAGGAGAUGGAGAAGAUUGUGAAUAUUGAACUGAAACAAGUACAGCAGUAUGCAGUGGACGUGACUCUGGAUCCUGAUACAGCUCAUCCUAAUCUCAUCCUGUCUGAUGAUGGAAAACAGGUUAAACAUGGAGACAAGCGACAUAAACUCGCUGAUAACUCGCUGAGAUUUGAUCGCCAUGCCUGUGUUCUGGGACAGGAGGGUUUCUCCUCAGGGAGAUUUUACUAUGAGGUUCAGGUCAGAGAGAAGACAAAGUGGAUAGUAGGAGUGACCAGUGAGCCCACUAACAGAAAAGGGGAUAUUACACUGCGUCCUGAGAAUGGAUACUGGGCUGUGUGUCUGAUAAAUGAGAAUAAAUAUGUGGCUGGAGAAUUUCACCCUGUCCUCCUCUGGUUGAAACAGGCUCCCCAGAAGGUGGGGGUGUUUGUGGAUUAUGAGGAGGGUCUGGUCUCCUUCUAUGAUGUUGAGGUCAGAUCUCAUAUCUACUCUUUCACUGGUCAGUCUUUCACUGAGAAACUCUAUCCAUUUUUCCACACUGGUCUCAAUGAUGGAGGUAAAAACUCAGCUCCACUGAUCAUCACUCCUGUUCAACAUUAUAAAUGAGGUUCCUGUAGUACAUUAAAAAUCCCACCAAAAAUAUAUCUGUCAUUCUUUGAAUCAAAUGUCUACACAAUGAAUUAAUUUAAUAGUAAAUAUAUUAAUUAAAAAGUGGUGUAUCAUAUGACUAAAUGAUUAAUGACCAGAUUUGGGGAUCAGUUACUUUGUGUUCCAAAUUAUUAAGCAAGUGAUAUUUGUCUUAGAUUUUCCUAAAUGGUCAAUACAAAUGACAGUCAGUAUAAUUUCCAACUAUAAAUCUAAUUUUAUUAAAUAAACCUCACAAUGAUAACAGUUUUUUUUACAAAAAAAAAAAAAACUCAAAAUGCAUUGUUCCAUAUUAUUAAGCAGGCCACAGGUUUCAAGCAAUAUGGGAAAGAAAAAGGAUCUCUCUGCUGCUGAAAAGCAUGAAAUAGUGCAGUGUUUUGGACAAGGUAUGAAAACAUUAGAUAUUUCAUGGAAAGUGAAGCUUGAUAAUCGUACUGUGAAGAGAUUUGUGGCUGAUGAUACAGAUGAAUAGUAGUGGAUGGUUGGUGGAAGACCACCACGUCCCACAAGGCUGCACUAUCAGCAAGAAGGGGGUGGAGUCAAAUUUGGGUCGGAAUCAUAGGUAAAGAGCCUAAAAGGUCAGCAAAGUAUAUAGACUUUCUUAAUGAUCAAUUUCUUGCACCAUCUAAAGCUGCAAAGAAUACCUCUGCGUCAUUGGCUGCUACGGCCAUAAAAGGAGAGAAACUCAUGGUGCGGCCAAAUAAAAAAAAAUACCAUUUGCUAUCUUUACAACCUAUAAAAAAUGUUUUAAAACGCUGUUGUGCAUCAUUUGGAACAGCGCAGUUUAAGUUUGACUUUUUUAUAAUUACUGUAAUCAUUGGGAGGUUUAUUUAAUAAAAUUGGAUUUACACUUAACAGGUCAUGACUUGAAAUUAUACUGAAAAAAAAA